GGACCGAGAGCGACUGGCAGGGGCUGGUGAGCGAGUACCUAGUGUGUAAAAGAAAGCUGGAGAGUAAAAAGGAAGCCCUGCUGAUCCUCUCCAAGGAGCUGGACACAUGCCAGCAAGAAAGGGACCAGUACAAACUCAUGGCCAAUCAGCUUCGGGAGCGCCAUCAGUCCCUGAAGAAGAAGUACCGGGAGCUGAUUGAUGGAGAUCUGUCACUUCCCCCUGAAAAGAGGAAACAGGCUAAUCUUGCACAACUACUGCGAGAUUCUCAGGACCGAAAUAAACAUCUGGGAGAAGAAAUUAAAGAACUUCAGCAAAGGCUUGCGGAAGUCCAGGGCGACAAUAAGCUUUUGAGGAUGACAAUUGCCAAACAGAGGCUCGGAGAUGAAGAAAUUGGCAUGCGGCAUUUUGCAGCCCAUGAGCGUGAAGACUUGGUUCAGCAGCUGGAAAGAGCUAAGGAACAGAUAGAGUCUCUGGAGCAUGACCUGCAGGCCUCUGUGGACGAGCUUCAGGACGUUAAAGAAGAACGGUCUUCCUACCAGGACAAAGUGGAGAGGCUCAACCAGGAGCUAAACCACAUCCUGGGUGGGCACGAGAACCGCAUCAUUGACGUGGAUGCCCUCUGUAUGGAGAACAGGUACCUUCAAGAGCGAUUAAAGCAACUCCACGAAGAGGUCAACCUCUUGAAAUCAAACAUCGCCAAGUAUAAGAACGCUCUCGAAAGACGGAAAAACUCGAAAGGCCAGAGUAAAUCCAGCAGCAGUGCACUGACUGGAGUCCUAUCUGCAAAGCAAGUUCAGGAUUUGUUAUCCGAAGAUCAUGGGUGCAGUCUCCCAGCCACUCCACAGUCCAUUUCUGAUCUGAAAUCUCUGGCAACAGCCCUGCUAGAGACAAUCCACGAGAAAAACAUGGUCAUCCAGCACCAGAGACAGACCAACAAAAUCCUAGGGAAUCGGGUGGCUGAACUGGAGAAAAAAUUAAGAACUCUGGAAGUUUCUGGUUUGUGGAGUCUUCCAGGCCUGAGCUACAAUGUUUCAGUAGGAUUUGGGAGGGGCAAGGACACCAUACUGUUCAGUGACCCUGCUCUCCCCACCAUACAGAGAUCGAGAUCCCCACUGCUGAAGUUCAUCGAGCAGCCCACUGAGAACAAAGCAAAUUCCGAGGACGGGGAGGCCCAGAGGCCAGAACGAGAUGAAAGCCGGGCCGCUACUGAGGCAUUGAUAGCACCAGAGGAUGCUGGAAGGCCGGCCAGCCGCUCCCCAGCAACUCAGAGCCAUGGGAACCAGUGCAACCCCUUUCAUCCUUCAUCACCCCGGGUAGCGUCUGAGGAAGAAGGCAUAAACAGGCUUGGAGGGGAAAGAAUGAAACUGACAGAGGCAGAACCGGAAGCGGUCAGAAGAGCGAGUCUCGGGGAGACUCAGAGGCAUGAGCCAGGGACAGCCCCACCGGGCCUGGCCUCCAAGGGGGAGGUCCCCAAAUCUUGCCUGGGCUCCUUUGAGUCCAGCCAGGCGGCAGUCGAAGCCUCCAGCGCGGAGGACAGCAAAGAGACCCCAAAGGGUGGCGGCAAGAGGAGCGCAGUGAAAACCUGAAGAGAAAAGAGACCCGUGUGGUGACACGUCUACAGUGCAGGGGGCGGUAAAGAAUUAAGUGUCUGAGCAGCUCUCAGAAGCUGCUUUCUCCUCACACACUUCCAAGUCUACAAGUGAGAAGAGACACAGGUCCUUUGGCAAACUGUGAAUAUCCUGAUGAUGCCAGCCCAGUUUGAUUUAUUAAAUGCGCGUCCUCAAGCUUCUCGGUGUCAUCUCUUUCUGCCGGAGACGCGCUGCUGUGAACACGGCCGGGCACAGAAUCGUGUCAGCCAUAUGGCUAGUUUUCGGCAUCCGUCUUUCUGUCAGCAUUUGUUUUAUUAGAGAUAAGACAUUUUUCUAUUAGCGUUUAAUGUUGUCGAUCAAAAUUAUGGGGAGAGCGUGAAAUGGAUGGGGUUUUUAAUCAGGUCCCCCAUCUUUGUAAUGGUUAGGCCGCUGGAGAGAAAAGUGGCAUUGAGCAUAAUGGGUCCAGAGGGCCCACAGCUCCGCUCCAUCAUGUCAGGGCCCCGGAGGACCUCCCAGCGUGGGUGUUCUUGGCACCCUGCCCACAGCCCUGUCUGUCAUGCCACCGACUGGCGGGUGAAGAAGGGCUUAAGCGGGCUCAGAAGGUUGGGUUUCCUGUUUGAAAUCCACGUCCCCUGUGGAGACCCGUUUGUGGACUGCUUGAGCUGAGUUUUCCAGCCUGUAAUUCCGAAGGAUUAAUCGACCUGGAGUGAUGGGAGGGAGGAGAGGGGAGGAAGGGGACUCCAGUGGUAUUUUGAUUUUUUCAUUUCUGAGAUAAGAGCCAGAGCCUGGGAGCGCUGGUUCUCUGCAUUCAACCUGUGCUGCCUAUGGGGGUUUUGUGGCCAUGGGGGGUUGGGACAAGAUAAGCACUUGGGGCAGGAAACUCUUCGGGCCCAUCCAGUUUCCUGUGCCACGUGAAACCUUCACUCCUCCUGCAGUGGGUUAAGGCUGCCUCCCUGUGCUGCCAGGUACCGGACCUUGAGACACAGAGCACGCGGCCCAAUAGUGGAAAAAGAGAGGGAAACAAAAUAACUUCAUUACAGCUUGUUUUGGGGGGCUGCAGAACCAAGGACCAAGGGUCGGAAGGGAGGGGAUGUCGACCUUCCUUGGUUUAACCUUGGUGGGUUAAAAUUAGCUCUUCUGGAUGGCACCUAGAGCUGCAGAAAAUGGAAGACUCAUCAAACAAUAGGCCUUUCUUUGAGCAAAACUCAGUUCAUUACCCCAGAAAGGCCUGAUACCAUAUCCCAGAGCUCAAAACACCCUUGAGAACCAGAAUCACUCCUAUAAGAGGCUCUCCUGAGGGAAAAGAGAGGCUCCCGAGGUGGGAAAAUGGCAAAUUUAUCCGAAAUAUCAGAUGUGUAGAGCAGAUGCACACUCCCAGGUGUGAACCCUGUGAACCCGCCCAUCCGGAAACUUCCCUGCCACAUUUCAUCUUUGCCCUUACUCUGCUGGUGGAAAUUUUGCGCUCUUUCACCCUGAAGGAGAGUGAAGUGUAGGCAAGAAGGUCCAGCUUGGGGCCGGGGUGGGCCUCCAGCUGCUUGCUUCCCACUCAACAGACAUCACCCCGAUAGUGGAAGAGGGGUAUGCCCGGGUCAGUGCUCUGUCGCUCCCGGACCCAGGAGCUGGGAUCUGGACACACCAUUAGCCCCCAAAGCCCCAUUCAUCCCUCUGUGCUUCGGCCUCUCCCGGCUCCCCACCCCCGCCCCCUUGACUUCCUCUCCAGGGAGGCAGCUUCUGCAGCUGCAGAGUUCGCACAAGCCAGCAGGCACGGAAAUAAUUUUCCUGCGGCACCAGGCCUUAACUAUCUGCAAAUGUUCAGCGCUACUGCAUAGCCUACCAGAGCCACCAAAGGAAAUCACAGCCAGAUUUAAUACAAUAAUAAUAAAAAGAAAAAUAUCUCUCCCCACAGAAGUGGUGGUUUUGACGUGCAGUCAGCCAGGUGCACGUCUUUAGGGCCCAUUCCAUCACCUUUGGGAAAGCAGCACUUAUAAUAAACUCCGCCACAUUCCAUCACGGGCAGGGAAACUACUGUGAGUCCCAGAGAGUGUGGAGUUCAGGGUAGGGAGGUCAGAGGGAAUGAAAAUCCAAACUGUGCAUGCAGUCUACCUCGGAAAGUUUUCUGUUAUUAGAUGGAAUUGGGGCCAAUGAGUUGAUCCUGUCACAUGAGUAACCUUGACAAUGCCCCAUACACACACGUGACACUGUCCCACCCCUGCUGUUCCAGCCCAGUGAGGUUCCUCUGUUCCACAGACAUUAAAGGGAGU